UAGAGAGCUUCUCGAGGAUCGAAGAUGACGGUGCGAAAUCUUCCAUUCUGGGUUUCAGCAUGGCUUUUUAUUUCGGGUAUUAUUUGCACAAUUGAUGCUUUGUUUGUCAUUCUGCGUCCUCAUACCCUACCAGGAGGAAAAUGGAACCACAUCGUCCAGCCUUACAAUCUUUACCUCCAAGUUGAUUUAAGAUACUCAGAUCUCACGGACACAUUUGUCAAGGGAAUAAGCUUGAUGAAUCUGGUAGAGGUGUUUCUCAACUAUGUUGUUUUAGCCAUACACAUCAGUGGGAAAUCAGGGCUCUCAGUCCUGCUUGCCUUCAUGGUUAGCACAAUGACAUUUUCCAAGACAGUGUUGUAUUUCCUGGUGUCUACUUCACUGUGUAAUGGGGAACACUUUGUGAACCAUUCGGAUUGGAGGAAAACAGUGUUGUUGUACAUCAUUCCAAAUGGCUUCUGGAUUGUCAUUCCUUUCUUUUGCAUGGUGGCCACAGGAAGUAUAUUAGUACACAGCAUGGAAAGUGGUCAACUACCCAAAGAGAAGAAGAAAUCCCAGUAACCUUUGACACCCAGACAUCAGAAUCCAUAUUCUACUGAGCAGACAAAGAUAGUUUACUUAUUUUUUAUAUCAGCAAUCAUUUUAUUUAUUCUCAUGAUCUUAACCCCUUAACUCCCAAGAUCUCAUUGGUAAUUCUCCUCACUGUCUGCCAAAUGAUUCUCAUCAUGUUAGUUUGGAGAAUUUGGUAUUGAAUCAAUUAGUAAUCUCAUAAUUGAUAUUUUCCUUUUAAUCUCAUCACUUGCCUGCAUGAUAUUGUAUAGAUAUAGUAAGGAGAAAUUCUGUCUUGGUCAUUCAUGGGAGUUAAAGGGUUAAUAAAUGAAUCUGCAGUAUUACUGUAAGGAGAAAUUAGAAGCUGAUUUUUUUAGGACUUACAGUGAAGGGUUGCAGUAAAACUUCAUAGUUUUUUUUCACUGAUUUAGUAGGUUUUCAAUUUUGUGUUGAAAUGACUCUUUGUUUUAAUGGAAUGGUUCUACUUUCCUUUUUAAUCUGUCACCCAUCUGAUACAAAACUAAAACUAUUCAUGACUGAGUCAUUCAAAAUUUUUUCUCAUGCUUCAGUCAGUUUCCCUCUCUUUUAGUUUGAGCUGAGUCCUUACUGGCACCUUUUAAUAUUUACCAUUGUUCUGAUUGGCCUUUGUAAUAAACAAACAAUACUUGAAAUGUCCUGGUUUUUAAUGUCUACAUAUUAAACACCAUCAGAAUGUCCUUUAUUGCAUUCUCAAAGACUUCAUGAAACAAGGAUAUAAAAAUGCUGUUUUCAAACAAUAAUUUAUCUUUAGCUUGGAGUGCGGAUAAGUUGUGUGGAGAAAUAAUAUUCGUUCUCAUUCUUCCUUGACAGAAAUUUUUAAUGAUUUUCAUGCCCAAAUUUGUCUUGCUGCUAUUUUUAUAUCAGGAACAAUUGGAUUAGCAAUUUACAUGAUCUAAAUUUGGCUACAAUUAGUUUUUUUUUUUCAGAAAUAGCGCAAUGAGACACUUAAAUCAAUUGAUCUUGAAGAUGCAAAAUGUACUGCUAACUCUAUGUACUUGCUUACCUGUACAAAAGGUAGUUAUUGGUAAGAUAGCUAACAAGACAUAUAUGUUAUCAGUGUAUCAUUAGGCUAUUUUUUUCUGUUUCUAAAAGAACUUUUCUGCUGUUUUAUACUGAAUAAAGAUUAAGUCACCACUGAUUUUACAUACCAAUAAAAGAAGAGAUAUGUAUAUUUUUAGCUUAUGAAGUAAAGUCCAUCGUCAGA